CUGAACAGUUCUCUCGUGGUUGCAUUGGUGACAUCGAUUGCAUUUGUAAAUGAGCAUUUACCUUUACGCCAUGAGUUUAUCAAUUUCUUGUAAUCAAUUGUAACCAAUGUAAUGUUUAUAUUUUUGACAUAUUAAUUAAUUGUGAUUUAUUAAGAGAUCGUUUGUCGGAUUAGAAAAACGUACUUUUUUUUAUUUUUUUUUAUCUAAUUUAUAAAUAAUAUCAAGAAGAAAAAGGUGUUAUGUUUUAAGUAUUAAAAACUUGUUACUAUUUUCACGUAACAUGUUUAUCAUCAGUUCAUACUUUAAAUUUUUAAUUGUAGUCAUUUGAUACUAACUUUAUAAAGAGGAUAAAGGUUUAACGAUUAUUAUACUCAUAUUAAAGAAAUCCUUGUUCCUAUUGUGCCUGUGCUGCAGUAUUGUUGGUAGCAAAGAAAAAGUUUUGUAAUGCUUCUUUUAAAAAUCUAAAGAAAUUAUAAGUUUAUAAUAACAAAUUUUUACUAAAAUUAUGGGACGUUAUACAGGAAAGAAAUGUCGCCUUUUAACGAUGUUAGGACUUACAGCGCUUUUAUUUUUGGUUGAGAUAGUCGUUGGUUAUGUGACCAAUUCGAUGGCUUUAAUAGCCGAUAGUUUUCAUAUGUUAUCAGAUGUAGCCGCAUUAGUUGUGGCGUUUCUUUCUGUUAAGAUGUCACCAAAAAAAUGGUCCAAGAACACUUUUGGAUGGGCUAGAGCUGAAGUCUUAGGUGCACUUGUUAAUGCAGUUUUUUUAGUUGCCUUAUGCUUUAGCAUUACCGUGGAGGCAUGUAAAAGGUUCAUCGAAGUGGAAGAAAUACACGAAGCUAAACUUCUAGUGUCUGUGGGUGCGCUUGGUCUAUUUGUCAACUUAAUAGGUUUAUGCUUAUUUCGUGAACACGGAGGUUCUCAUGAUCAUUCACAUGGCAUAUCACGCAGUCAUAACAGACUAAGCACAUUAGUAGGCACGGAUGACAAUGAAAAUGACAACACUUACAGACCACCAACGGCACAAGCAAAAAGAGCACAUGGCCAUACGCAUGAUGCCAGUCAAAUGAACAUGCGCGGUGUAUUCCUUCAUGUACUGUCCGAUGCAGUGGGUUCUGUUAAUGUAAUUGCCUCCGCUUUGAUAGUGUGGCUUACAAAAUGGCAGUACAGAUUUUACAUCGAUCCAGCAUUAUCACUGUUAUUGGUUAUUCUUAUGUUGCGUUCUGUUUGGCCAUUGUUCAGGGAGUCGGCACUAAUUCUUUUACAAACUGUACCGACACAUAUUCAGGUCGACGCAAUACAACAACGAUUACUGGAAAACGUUGAUGGGGUAUUAGCCGUCCACGAAUUUCAUGUAUGGCAAUUAGCUGGUGAUCGUAUUAUAGCUUCCGCGCACAUAAGAUGUAGAAAUCUUUCAGAAUAUAUGAAAAUUGCAGAACAAGUUAAAGAAUUUUUCCACAAUGAGGGUAUACAUUCUACUACAAUACAACCAGAAUUUAUUGACUAUCAAUCAAAUAGUGAAAUUAAAGAUACGCCAACAGAAGAUUGUGUACUCGAUUGUCCAAAGACUGAUAAACCUUGUAAUCAUGCUACUUGUUGUGGUCCCUCGAAACAGGGUCGUGAAUCCCCUUCGCCCGGGGAAACACCAUAUAUGUGCAGGCAACGUAAUAGCUUGGCACGUUCGACUGCUUCUAUAGGAGGAACAAAGCAACAGGAAGUGAACGAGAUGGAGCGAGGACAUUUACUUUCUCUAUCUGGUUCUCAUCAUUCCAUCCAACUUCCGCAUUCUCACAUUAACACGCCGACGGUUUGAGUUAUUCUUUGAUAACCACUCGCCUACCUCUAUAGCCGAUUACACAACGUAAAGAAAUGCUAUUGUACAAACAUAAUAAAUUAAUCAUUUGACUGUGUACUAAUUUUGUUACUAUCGUGAUUAACAAUAGCAUUAAUUUCCAAUUAACUUGCAUCGUUAUUUAUCUGGUUUCAUUACAUUCAAAAGAUUGAUUAUAAUUAAGAAAAGUUUGUUACAUAUCUGUAGAUAAUUAUAACAAAGGAUUAAGUUAAAAAUAAAAAAAAUAUAGAUUUUAUGAUUUAUUUAAUAUUAUAUACAAACUCGCUCGAAAUAAAUCAUAAAGAAUUUUUUUUUUCAUUUUUAACUUAAUCCGCUGUCUUAAUUACUGGCACAUAUAACAAAUCUUAUUACUAGAGAGUAAUCAUAUUGUACAAAACUGUAUAUUAUUUAAUUUGAGAUUUAAUCCUAAAAGAUAUUCUGUUUCUUUAAGUUGACUUUUAACUGUUCAUUUUCUUAUUUAUGAACAAAAAAUGCGAAAAUUAAAUAUUUUUAUGCAUAAGGCGUAUUGAUACCAAAUGAAAUAUACACACUAUGCGUUGAAAGAGACGUAAUAAUCACGAGUAUAAGUCCUAGUUGCCUUGGAAACUAUUUAUAUCUCUUUGUAAAUAUUCAAUUAACAAUUUAAUGGAUACAAAAUUUAAUGAUCAUUGAUUACUUCCUGAAAAAUGAUUAAUUAUACUUCGAAAUUUAUAAAACAGAAACAUAAACUAUAAUAGUAUAUACUCUGUGAGUCACAACAGUAUUCGUACCCACUUCCAUUGAAUUUUAAAUAAUUGAUAUUUGCUUGUAAUGCAUAUUUUCUAUUCUAUAAAUUCUACUUAAAAAAUAUUACACUUUCUAAUUGAUAUACAUUUUAUUACAGAAGAACAUUUGAUUGUUAAAGAAAAAAAUAAAAUUGUCUCGCAAGUUAUCUCGCAAUUUGUACCUACGUAAGAUAUAAUAAAAAUACAACCAUUAUUUUUGUAAGUACUA